AUGAAGUACCAGCGCUUCGCUUGCAUCGGCGCCGUUCUCUUCGGCGCCGCCGCUACUGUCUCCGCCAACCCUCUGGUUGGGCGCCAUGAGAACGGCCAGUGCCCCAAGGGUUACACCAUGAGCACCUAUACUAGCUAUAGCACGGUGUACCUCACUCCUACGCCUCCCGCGGCUCCAGAGACCACGAGCACGUCCUCGCCUAUCGCGACUGUGCAGACUCAGGCCCCGGCUCCGGUUGACUCCUCUACGUCUGUGGGCGGCGAUGUUGCUGCUGCUUCGACCUCCUCUUCUACUCCCGCACCGGCGACUGUCGCUACUCCAGCGCCGACGACCGAGACUCCAGCCACCACGACUACGCAGCCUGCUGUUGCGGUCGUCGCGGAAUUGUCCACGCAAAAUGCCGCCGCCGCCGUGGAGACCGCUGCUCCCACUACCAGCCAGGAGGCUACCUCUUCUGCUUCCACUGCUCAAGCUGCUACCACCUCUACUUCUACUUCUUCCACCGCGGGUGGCUCUUCCGGCAAAGCUACCUUCUACGGCGGCAAUAUCGCUGGUGGAUCUUGCUCUUACUCCGGCUACACCCUGCCCAGCAACCUGUUCGGCACUGCCUUCUCCGGUGCCGUGUGGGAUGAUGCCGCCAAGUGCGGCGCUUGUGUCGCUGUCACCGGUCCCGCCGGCAACACCAUCAAGGCAAUGGUCGUCGACGAAUGCCCCGAGUGUUCGGCCGGCCACUUCGACCUCUUCCAGAACGCCUUCGCCGAGCUGUCCGACAUCUCCGCUGGCGAGAUCGACAUCACUUGGGAGUACACCGCGUGCGACCUCGACGGGCCCCUCCAGCUGAGAAACAAGGACGGCACCUCCCAGUACUGGUUCUCCAUGCAGGUGGUCAACGCCAACGAGCCCGUCACCAAGCUGGAGGUUAGCACCGACGGCGGCAGCUCCUGGCAGAGCACCUCGCGCACCUCGUACAACUACUUCGAGCAGUCGUCGGGCUUUGGUACCGACACCGUGGAUGUCCGUGUCACGGGCGAGUCUGGGAACACUGUUGUAGUGAAGAGCGUUGGUUGCGCUUCUGGCUCAGAGAUUACGGCUUCUUCUAACCUGUGA